GGGGGAGAAAUCAUGACUACACUCCAUGGUCAAAAAUUAACACUUAAUCCUGGAGAAAUCGUAAUAAGCUCUAGAGAAAAAUUUAUCGAUUUAGCAGGAAUUAUUGGCAAUCAAGAAACUGCUAUAACUUCCCAAACAAAAAAUAUUCUCAUUGAAUGUGCUUCUUUUAGUCCCGCAAGCAUUAAAAAAACUACUAAUCGUCUCAAUAUUUCUACUUUGGCUAGUCAAUAUUUUUCUCGCGGAAUCAAUUUAGUUUUGCCUCCUGACAAAAGUCUUUCGAGAGUCAUCUCACUUAUUAUUGAAUCUUAUGGAGGAAAUUUAAAUUCUGGAACAAUUUUUACUUAUAAAGAGGCGGUCAAAAAAGAAAAACAACCAUUAAUCACUAUUAGUCAACAGUUUAUUACUAAAAAAGUCGGUCAAGCCUUUCCUGAGCAAGUUAUCGAUAAGAUUUGA